CCACGCGCAUGCUGCUUUUUUAUAUGAAGAUAUGGGGAAUCCCAUUUCAGAGGCCUACAACCUGACUGCGAUUAGCUUCUCCUGGGCUUAUAUCUCUCAAACAAUUCUCCGUAACACGAAACAGUAUCCUAGACGACUCUCCUGGUGUUCAGUGGCUAUGUACGCUUCUCCAUCGCAGCAUGACACAAAAGAAACGGUCCCUUUCAGCGUCCAGCAAGCCCCACAUAAAAAUUUGUACCUCAACCUCCUUUUUGUUUCUCCAUCAUCCACCCACCCUUCCUCCAUCCUCUUCCUGCCCUCUACGAAGCAAAAUGAUGGUCAGUACGGAGGUCGAACCCGCGACCUUUUUACUUCUAGGAGGUUCGACAUGGAAGAACGGAACCAAAAAGACAAGCCUUGAGUUUCGCUGUCGCUCAUCUUAAAGCUUUUCUUUUUUUCGUUCCAGGAGGAAGCCCUGGGGUCGACCAACUACAAAACGACAUCAAACCAAAAAAGAUAUUUAAGAAUGGUCAGU